CAGCUAUAAAUAUCAGAGGGGCCGCAGACCAAGACAGAAUUCGGGCGCCAGGAGAAGAAGGCAAAGAGGCUCUGGCUGGGUACUUUGUGACAAAGGCAAGACCCCAGGUCUACUUAGAGUGAGGCAGGUGAAGGAGGCAGCCAGGUGAACCCCCAAACCUCCUGACAAUAUGGAUUAUAAGUCAAGCCUGAUCCAGGAUGGGAACCCCAUGGAGAACCUGGAGAAGCAGCUGAUCUGUCCCAUCUGCCUGGAGAUGUUUACCAAGCCGGUGGUCAUCUUGCCGUGUCAGCACAACCUCUGCCGGAAGUGUGCCAACGACAUCUUCCAGGCCGCAAAUCCCUUCUGGACCAAUCGGGUCGGGUCUGUGUCCAUGUCUGGGGGCCGUUUCCGCUGCCCCUCCUGCCGCCACGAGGUGAUCAUGGAUCGUCAUGGAGUGUAUGGCCUGCAGAGGAAUCUGCUGGUGGAGAACAUCAUUGAUAUCUACAAGCAGGAGUGUUCCAGUCGGCCCCUACAGAAGGGCAACCACCCCAUGUGCAAGGAGCACGAAGAUGAGAAAAUCAACAUCUACUGUCUCACGUGCGAGAUGCCCACGUGCUCCAUGUGCAAGGUGUUUGGGGCUCACAAGGCCUGUGAGGUGGCCCCGCUGCAGAGCGUCUUCCAGGGACAAAAGACGGAGCUGAGUAACUGUAUCUCCAUGCUGGUGGCGGGGAACGACCGAGUACAGACCAUCAUCACUCAGCUGGAGGACUCCUGUCGAGUAACCAAGGACAACAGCCACCAGGUGAAGGAAGAGCUGAGCCAGAAGUUUGACGUACUGUACGCCAUCUUGGACGAGAAGAAGAGCGAGUUACUGCAGCGGAUCACGCAGGAGCAGGAGGAGAAGCUCAGCUUCAUCGAGGCCCUCAUCCAGCAGUACCGGGAGCAACUGGACAAAUCCACUAAGCUGGUGGAGACAGCCAUCCAGUCCCUGGACGAGCCUGGUGGGGCCAUCUUUCUCUUGAGUGCUAAGCAACUCAUCAAAAGCAUUGUGGAAGCUUCCAAGGGUUGCCAGCUGGGGAAGACAGAACAGGGCUUUGAAAACAUGGACUACUUUACCUUGGACUUAGAGCACAUUGCAGACACCCUGAGGGCCAUCGACUUCGGGACAGAUGAGGAAGAGGAAGAGUUCAUUGACGAAGAAGAUCAGGAAGAGGAAGAGUCCACAGAGGGAAAGGAAGAAGGACACCAGUAAGGAGCUGGAUGAGGGAGAGACCUUCUAGAUGCAGAGAGACUGGGGAGGGUGGGGAUGGGCCCAGCUGCCUUGGUGACAGGCCCAGGGUGGGAGGGGUCGGGGCCCCUGGAGGGGCAAUGGGAAGGUGUAUCUUCUCUCUGCUCAGAGAGCAGGGACUGGCAGUAGGACCCCCACCACGGUGUCCAGCCGCCACUGAACCAGAAUUGGAAACGUGCUUGAAACAACCACACAGGACACUUUUCCACGUUGGUGCAAAAUGGAGUAUUUUGUACAUUUUUUAAAUGUGAUUUUUGUAUAUACUUGUAUAUGUAUGCCAACUGGUGCUUUUUGUAAAGGAACUUUUGUAUGAUAAUGCCGGGUCAUCGCGGGCCUGGCUGUUGUUAGGAAGAGGGGAGGGGAGCCGGGCUGACACAGCUGCCCUCUUCCUUUCCUCGGAGGCAGGGCUGGGUGGCACUCGCAGGCCUAGAAAGGGAUACUGUACUGUACAGGUGUCGAUGCCUGUCCCUGACACAGGGGACGGCAACUGAGUUUGUGUUAUAUGUCGUUUCAAUAAACGCACAGCACUCUCUUUCUGUUAUUACCGUAA